AUGCGAUUAUUUCUACUACUACUUUUUUACAAUGCAGGAUCGCUGGCCGACGUUCGACAGCCGAAAAGGGACAGCAAUUCGCUCCAUCGGCACAGAGAUCGUCUACCGCAGAAUAAAACAAUUAAGAAUCUGGCGCCGUUUAACGACAUGGGGUCGCCUUCAAACACAGGAAUUCCUCCGGGUAAGUUUUUUUAAACCGUCAAAAAUUUAUGACGCUUUACAGAAAAAAACUAACAAGGGAAGUGCUCAAAGUUUGACGAAACCUGGCACAAAAUUUCGGAUAAUUUUUUCUUACAAUAAGACCUACGCCAGACUCCUAGCGCGCGUUUUGCAAAAACGACCGAGAUGUUUAGAUUUAAACCGGCAAAAAUUUGACACUUUUUAGUAAAUUUUGGUGUGAAACGUUUCAUGUUUAUUUCUACCGUCGAAGGUCAUUUUUUCGCAAAAAAAAAUUUUUUCCGCACAGGAGCGGCCAAGAUGUGGUUAAAGCAUGUUUUUCUCUCUGGCCGCUCUCGGCCGUUUGCGUUUUCUCUCGGCAGAAAAGUUGUUCCGAAAGCGCCAGCUAAAAAUUUUAGGAAGCCCAAAGGGGAAUGAAUGUUUUUGCAUUUUUGAAGCAUUUUGAAUUAUUCUUCAAGGCGGGUAUAGUUGAGAAUAAACGGAAGCCUAAUUUAGACAGCGUUUGCUCUGCCGAUACUGCCUGCGCAGGUUAUCCUCUCGCCUACUGCGACGGAGUGUGCAAAUGUCGGGAGGGUGCGUUAAAUGCAGGAAGUGCGUGUAUUCCGAAUCAGGACGAGCCAACUGGAGCGAGUUGUCCGGCCGAUCAAACCUACGUCAAUGAAGUUGGAACUUGCCUAGCGGGUAGUUGAAGAUCGAUCAGCUCAGUUAAAAUAUUUUAGAAGCAACUCCUGGAAGUCCUUGUCAAUACUCUCAACAAUGUGGAGCAGCUGAGCCUGGUGCAUUUUGUCAGAAUCUGCAAUGCCGCUGUAUUUAUGGGAUGAGUAAUGCCGAAGGCGGUUCGUCUUGCACAUUUUUGAACAAAAAUUGCACUCGAAAGAACCAGAUUUGGGUCAGCGAAUUAGGCGAAUGCAAAGAAGGUAAAUUUUAAAAAUAUGCUAUUUAGCUUGAAUCUUAGUGAUCUUGCCCGGAGCUGGGCCGUGCACCCAUUCAAUGCAAUGCACAGUCGUGGUACCGGGUGCCCGAUGCUCCAUGGGAAAAUGUGUUUGCCCGGCGGAUCUUCCCGUCGCUGUGGAUGGAACGUGCGGUUCCAAUUGCACUGCUGAUCAAAUUUUUUCAUCAAUUACCGGAAGCUGUCUUCCAAGUAAGGAAUAGCAGUUUUCACUUUUGCAUGAAACUAUUUUUCCCGUAAAUUUGGCUUAAGUUCAAGCUUAAACUGUUAUAGCAGUACAGCCCGGGGACUCGUGUCUUUAUUCUAUCCAGUGUCACGCAGUUGAACCAGGCAUGCUCUGCGAUAAGGGCAAAUGUAGGUGUCCUCAUGAUCAAGUAUACUCCGGACAACGGUGUAUGAGCCGAUGCCCUCGUGGCUUCAUGCGGAAUCCAGCUGGGAUUUGCCAGCCAGGUUGUAGAUCUAACCAAAUUGAAAACGCCGGUGUUUGCAUCGACGUGGUUGCUCCAGGUCAAAAUUGUUUAGUGAACAGACAGUGUACUGGGGGAUCACAAUGUCUCAAUUCGGCAUGUACUUGCCCUCCACACAUGAAACCUUUGAAUGGAAUUUGCACCUUGCGUAAGUCUUUAUUGAUUAUGCUCAGGUACUCUUCAAGCAUCCAUAAUUUUAUGCGCGUUUUCAGUACGAUCGGCUCCACUACAAAAUUGUACAAUAGAUGAACAGUGUAGUGGUGGUUCGCACUGCGUCAAUUCUAUUUGCACGUGCCCACCGGGAACAUCUGUAAUGAAUGGACAAUGCGUUACACCGAUAACAGGUUAGUUGAAAACAAACAGACCCAACAUUUUUCUAGUUCCGCCAGGAUCGGCGUGUAACCGUGCCGUCCGAUGUAGCGGUGGUUCUGUUUGCUUGGAUAAUACUUGUACAUGCACACUACCCCUGCUGGCUAUCAAUGGAUCUUGCCAGUACCCCCCGCCAGGUAUCCAUUUACAAAUUUUAAGUUUUAAAAAUGUUCAAUACGUAACGUGAGAGAUUUUUUUAUCUUUAGUCCAUCCUGGCGGUUCCUGCCCUUCCGGUCGCGAACGAUGCAUUGGCGGAUCAAUCUGCCAACAGGGAACUUGUGAAUGCCCGUUGGGGACGGUAGUCGAAGGCACAGAAUGCAAGGUAGUUGAAAGAGCACGGCCGGGUCAGCCAUGUUCUGCUGCGCGGCUUUGUCAAGGGCAUUCGUACUGCGUCCGUGGGGUUUGCACUUGCAUAUCAGACUUUAUCCAAGUUGGACAAGAGUGCGUCAGACCCAACACUGUCUUAGCAGGAAAUUCGUGCGCAAAUGGAGAGGCAUGCGGUCCGAAUGCGUAUUGCAACGCGAAUAAAGUAAGCAUUUUCAAAACGUUACAGUGCAAUGUAUAAAUUUCCACUUAGAUUUGUGAUUGCAUUAGUCCGACUAUCAACGUUAACGGAAUUUGCCGCAAUGCAAUGACUGCGCUACCCGGAGAUCCGUGUGAAAACGGAGAGGUUUGUACAGGUGGUUCAAACUGCCAAAGUGGAAGAUGUGUUUGCCCGCCUGGUAUGGCCAAUCAAGGCGGUAUAUGCAAGGACUUGACUGGUACUUUACAACCAACGAUUUUUAAAAAUUUUUAAUCCAUUAAGGCACUCUUGGCCCAUGUGUAGAUUCGUCGCAAUGCGUCGGGGGCUCAUUUUGCGACCAGUCUCGAAAUGUUUGUGUUUGUGCUAUUGGACAGAUGCCUGUUGGAGGUGUUUGUAUCGAACUGUUUGCCCGGCGCUACAAACGCGGAAUAAAUCAGUGCUUACAUGACAGAGAUUGUCAUGGUCUUUGUUCUGGAUUACGAUGCCGUUGUGAACGACAAUCAGGUGCAAUUUAUGGGAUUUGCGGCCGCAAGACAAAUUCAAUCUCAAGCACCCAUUCACUGACAAGUUCUCCUCGAGGUAACCUAUCUAAAAUUUUUGUUAUUCGAACGUUGGCUUUGUUUACUUUGUUUCAAGAUACUGCUGUUUUUGUUGGUGAAGGGUUUCUCGCACUUUUCAAUUUAUAGUCGCACUGGUAGGUGUUGGACCAGGCUCCCGAUGUGGAAUGCCUGGUUUAACCUGUGUGAACGGGUCGUCAUGCAUUCAGGAUGUAUGUCUUUGUCCUCACGGCGCAAUUGCUUUAAGUGGAGCAUGCAUGCAACGCAGGAAUGGUACGCCUGUUUAACUUUUUCCUCACAUAACUUUUUUAGCCGCCGCCGGAGAAAGUUGUGCAAACGGAGAGGAAUGUAGCGACGGAACGUUUUGCGAUGCACACAGUUGGCAUUGUAAAUGUGUAAAUCCUGAGAUGAUUGGCAUAGGAAAACAAUGUGUUCCUCGAUUACGAUCACCCCCCGGCUUCCCAUGUGACAACGGCGAAAUUUGCACAGCCGGUUCGACUUGCGAAUUGUCCACAGGAAAAUGUGUUUGCCCCCUGGAGUUGAUAUUGCGAGACAAGCGUUGCGUAGAAAGGCCGCAUGUCGGUCCCGGCGCCAGGUGCGACCGUGGGGAAAUUUGUAGCCGUGGAUCAGUUUGCAAUCCUACAACAUCCGUGUGUGUAUGUCCUACAACUCAUGUUCACAUAUAUGAGGUGGGUGAUCAAAGUUUCUUAUUUGCAAAAUAGAGAAAUGCUUUAAAUCGUAAGAAAUGAGUUCAUGAAAAAACUUUAGGAGUGCCGCCAAAUAGUUUAUGUACAAUAUGGCGAAUGGUGUGGUGGCGAAGAACGAAAAUGUGUCGGUGGUUCUGCCUGCGUAAAUGGCCAAUGUGGCUGCCCAUUAGGUACAAAAUACAAGCAUGGCGUCUGUAUGACCAUUCCGAAGCGGUUGCCGGGUGAAUUUUGUGAAAUUGGCGAUGAAUGCUUAAGUGGAAGUCUUUGUCAGAGAGGUCGAUGUUAUUGCCCUGAAGGACAGUUAUUACGCACAAGAAGAUGUGUCACACCUCUGGUCGGUAAGCUUCAUAAACCUAUGUAGACGUUCUUUUAGUUCCCCUUGGGGAGACAUGCGAACUGGGCGAUGCCUGCCUAGGUGGUUCAGAGUGUACGAACGGAAUUUGUGUAUGCCCUGCUAACUUAGCAACAGUGAACGGAGUGUGCACUGCAAUCCAAACAGGUUAUUCCUCCAGCUGUCUUUGUGUUCGUGUUGUUUUUCUUGACUUUGGUUUUCUGUUCGCCUGUAGUUUACCAUUUUAAUAAUUGGCCUGACCUACAAAAGUGUUUUCAGCACCCGUAUUUUCUCGCUGCGACGCCUCGCACCUAUGCGAAGAAGGAACAACCUGCAUUAGGAAUAGAUGCGAAUGUAAAGAAGGAUGGGAAUAUCGACAGGGAGAAUGUAAACCAAGGUUGUUUGCUAGACAUGGCGAACACUGCGCAACAAAUCAGGCAUGUCCAGUUAAUGAGCACUGUAGUCCGAAAAAGAUAUGUGAAUGCAAAGUAGACUACGUGUUCUCCAAUGGACGGUGCAUCAAAAGACCUAAAAAAGGUUAGUGAGCAUGGGAAACUAAAAACUCUUUUCGGAUUUCAAAAAAAAGAUAUAUGGAGAAAUCGGAAUUGUCUAAAGUAAUUUUGUGGGUGUGCAAUAUGCAAACUUGUGAAAAAAAUUUGAAGAAUAAGGACACAGGGUGCAAUUUUUAUUCUAUUCUUUGCUUUGAAUUUUAAGUCCGAAUUCAAUUUACUUGGGAAGGCCGAAUGAAAUUAAUAAGGCUUAGGACAUUCCGAUUUGUCCAUUUUCUGAUUUUGUACUACAGUCUCUUUAGUUUUUCCUGGAGAGGCUUGUGAAGGUGAAGAUUUCUGCCUUAGUGCCUCAAGAUGCGUUCAUGGCAGGUGUCAGUGUCCGCCAAGUCGUCCAGUUCAAUCGGGUCACGUUUGCACCCCGGAAUCUGACAGUAAGUUGCUGUUUGCUAAAUUUUAAUUCCACAAAGUUACGAACCAAUUUUUUUGUUUAUAAUUUGUAGCAGAAAGUAAAUUAUUUCUGGUUCGUAAACCGCGACGUCAUGCGGUGGAUGAUAAAAACAUAAAUUUUUUGUCCAUGUUUCUGAGCCCCGAUGAUGAGCCGCGUCAAAGUGUUCAACUUGGUGAACUGUGUGAUCGUACCUUGUCUGACUGUCAGGUUGAUAACGCUGUGUGUUCCGAUUCCGUCUGUCAGUGUUUACCGGAUUUUGUUCAAGCAGGUCCUUUGUGCGUCGGUCGUAAUAAAAGUGAGUUGACGGGUGAAAACUGACCUUGUAGUUUCUAAUCUUGUUGUUAACCCGGAACAAACAUGUGGAAUGGGCGAUUUCUGCGACGGAGGCGCCGUUUGCAUCCACAAGAUCUGUCAGUGCCCUCAGGGAACAUUUGCUUUCGGGCGGCUCUGCGUGUCAAACGAACAAUUUUCGCCAAAACCCAAUCCCACCGCUCCUGAAGUAAACAAUGGACCUUACCACAAAACCGUGAUAAAAAGUAAGUUUUCCAUUGAUAAUAAAGAUCCCUUGCCGCAGGACAAGUAUUAUACAGGGUGUUUCAAGAAAUCUGGAACAAAUGACUUGCUUAUAUCUCUGUGUUCUUUGCAGCUAUCAAAGAAUUUCUUUUUGCUUCUAAAAAUUGACAGCGUGCGUUUUUAGAAUCUCAAAAAAAAUUUUUUCGUCGGCGGAGGGCCCAUUUCUCGGCGGAGAAAAUUAGGGCCUUUUUUAAAAAUCACAGCGUAUUACGUGGCGGAAACGCCGUUGCACCGGCUGAAAUCAAGUUUACGUAAUACCUCCAUCGAUUUUACGGUAUGCUUUUUUUGCGUUUUCGAUUUUACGCACUUCCGCGGAUGCGCGGCGGAGACCUCAGAUUUCGGCGGACUUUGUUUUGGUCCUUUGGCUUUUGCAAUUCAUGUUGGAAAAGAGGUUGGGGUGAUUUUUUGUUGUCAUCCGAUGCACAUAUGGCAAAAAUUUCGUGCUUUUUAUCCCCGGCGGAGGAGUCGGCGGAGGCUUUAUCAAGGGUAAAAACAAAACUCCGCCGAUUUCUCCGCCGGACCCAAAAAAAUCAAAAAUCUUUGAAAGACAAUGCUGCUCUGAUGGAUUCUUGUAGCUGAGAUUUUUCCCGGACUCGUAAGACUGCUUUGACCCUUUGAUAAAGCCUCCGCCGAAUCCUCCGCCGGAGAAAAAAAACACGAAAUUUUUGCCAUCUGUGCAUCGGAAGACAACAAAAAAUCACCCCAACCUCUUUUCCAACAUGAAUUGCAACAUCCGAAGGCCCAAAACAACGUCCGCCGAAAUUUGAAGUUUCCGCCGCGCCUCCGCGGCGCGCGUAAAAUCGAAAACAAAAAAAUGCAUACCGUAAAAUCGACGGAGGUGUAACGUAAACUUGAUUUCAGCCGUUGCAACGGCGUUUCCGCCACGUAAUACGCUGUGAUUUUUAAAAAAGGCCCUAAUUUUCUCCGCCGAGAAAUGGGCCCUCCGCCGACGAAAAAAAUUUUUUUUUGAGAUUCUAAAAACGCACGCUGUCAAUUUUUAGAAGCAAAAAGAAAUUCUUUGAUAGCUGCAAAGAACACAGAGAUAUAAGCAAGUCAUUUGUUCCAAAUUUCUUGAAACACCCUGUAAUUAUUUCGGCAAAAUUUUUUUCUUCUCAUUUCAUUGCUUAGAGUCCCCAGGAGCCGAUUGCCGCCUAAAUCCUGCAAUUUGCACCGGCAAUUCAUAUUGCUUCAAUGGCGUCUGCGUGUGUCCAGUGGGGUACGAGAAUUACAAUGGGGAGUGUCGUGUUCCUCGGAUCUACGGUAAGUGUCCACCAAAAGAGCUAUAUUUAUUUUCAGCCGAGCCGGGCCAGAGCUGCGAACGACCAAUUGGUCAAAUAGGGGUGGUAGAAUGUAGCGGAAACUCGGUGUGCGCAAAUGGCUUUUGUGUCUGUCCCAACGGUGAGCCAAUACAACGAAGUGUAUGCGUCACUGUGAAUACAAUUGGCAAGUUGAUUAACAUAUUGUAUAUAUAAUAUAUAAAAUUAUAUUUAAGCUGGUCCAGGAGAACCUUGUGUGGACAAAAUCACCCGAUGCACAGGUUCUUCAAGCUGCAUUAAUGGCAUUUGCACAUGCCCUGCAAGACAGAGCUAUUUAAAUGGCCAGUGCGCCACGAUAACUGUAAUUGCACCAUUGCCAAGUCAACAAUGCAAUCCAAAUUCGCUUUGUCAAGGAAACAGUGUAUGCCGCCAAAAUGUAUGCCAAUGCUUGCCAGGGACCGUCUUAAACCAGCAGCAAAAUGUUUGCCAGCCCAUCGUGUUGGGUACUCCGAGUAAGGACUUACAUUGAAUAAACUUUUUAGGAUUGGGAAUUAGACAUCUCGUAAGAUUUUCUGUAUAAUUGAUUUUUAAAUAAAUUUGCUUACGCUGUCCCAUCUCAAGUAAAAUCUGAGCCUAAUAGUUUUUACACAUUACAUAUAACAGCAGCAGUUUUAAACAAUGUUAGUCCGAUUCCCUAUGUAAAGCUAAAACAGAAAAUGAAAUUCACUGUUUUUAGUGAGAGUUAAUGUUCUUCCUGGACAACAGUGUUCUUCUGGCGUUGGUUGCGGCGGAGGCGCAAUGUGCGUUUCAGGCGUAUGUAUUUGCGUAAAUGGUCAGGAAGUUUACAAUGGACGGUGCACGAACGGCCAGUUUUACCCAUCGUUAAACCCUUCAACUCGGGCUCCAGUGGUCUUUCGGGGUAUGCAGCAUUUUAUUUUUCUUAUAUAAAACUUGCAGCCAACCCAGGACAAAGUUGCUCAGCACCUGGUACUAUUUGCAUGGGAGGCUCUCGUUGCAUCCAGGGUCUUUGCGUCUGUGAUUCGGGCUUCUUUCCGCAAGGAAACCUCUGCGUUCCGCUUCCCCCAGCACCUCCACGGCCUAUUCCGCCUUUUAAUAAUCCGAGAAGAGCACCAGGGCAACUAUGUGACGUUUCCUGCGACCCAACUGGUGCGUGUUCGUGCGGUGGUGGGUCCAUCUGCAACAACGGAAUAUGCACCUGCCCGAAUGGCCACCAUGUUGUGAACAACGAAUGUGUUCCAAUCGUUGUUUCUACCCUUUCUGUAAGUCUUGAAUCUUUUACAAGCGACCGUCUUUACCUGUAAAGUUGACGCAGGUACUAUUUUUAGCCAGCAACGGCCGAGCCGCGGCGUAAGACUGCACUGCCAUCACAACGUUGCGACUAUCUGACUACAUGUUUGCACGGCUCAUCCUGCGUUCUUGGGACUUGUCAGUGUCCUCGAGGAUACAUUCCAAGUCCUGAUCUACAAAGCUGUGUUCAUGUCCUACUUCAUCCGCAGAAUAACCAGUCACCGUUUAUUUCCCGCUUAACAUUACAUGAGCAUCCAAACAGUUACGAGCAUCUAGGUGUGAGGUGUGCAACAAACAACGACUGUAAGCAGGGUGCCGCCUGCUUGAGUGGAGUAUGCGCUUGUCCGCCAAGCACUAUUGCUAACCAAUCAGAAUACUGCGUUCCAGAAAAACGGAGUGUAAACGUUAUUGAACGUAAAAAUAGCAUCGUUGCGGCGCGUGGUACACUACCUGGUAUGCCUUGCUCAGUUACAGCUACAGCUCCGUCGGUCUGCAGCAUGGGAGCAAUUUGUAAGCCCCUUAACAAUAAUUUGGCCUUCUGCGUAUGUGGAGAAAGGAGCGUAGCUAACUCUGCUGGAAAAUGUACUACUAAAUUACUGGCGGAUACAAAAAAGAGUAAGCACAGCCCGAAUAAUCCCUAUGCGGUAGAACAAAUAAUCUAACCAAAUUUUGAUUGCAGAUCUUCCCGGUGCAAAAUGUGGAAGCCGCAACAGAUGUGCUAACGGGGCAGAAUGUAAACAUGGAUAUUGCCUGUGCCCAGAUGGUACCCACAAUAGCGGCAACGGAUUGUGCGAGGCCAAUGAUCCUUCCAAAAGAAAAAUGCGGAAAGAACCAAAAUGUAAAAGUAACGCGGAUUGUACAGCUCCUUCCUUGUGUCUGGAAGGUAAGUGUCGCUGUCCACCGGAAGCGGUGGAUCCGGCAGUCACAGGAUGCGGCUAUAAAGUUAGCUCAGGUAGGCCCACCGUUUUAUUUAACUUUGCUUCUUUGCCGGCACGGGCGGUAUUUAGAGCUGAAAAAUCAAUUUUUAGUGAGGCCUGGAGCUUGGUGUAGUGAAGACCUUGGGAUCUUAUGUCCUCUAUAUUCGUACUGCUAUCACAAUGUUUGCUUAUGUCGAAAUGGAAUUAUGAAAGAUGGAGACGCAUGCUUACCAACAUCGGCGCCGAAAUCUGCCGAGCUUAUAUAG